AUGGAUCUGAGCCAGCCCGAGCCAGUCGAAGCUAUGCUUAUUUCCUACCACGACAUCGGCGGAGAUCUUCGGGCCAGACCGAUCAAUUUGUCAUUCGUAGGCGAUCUGUUCCAGAAGCAAUCAUUCGAUCAGAAGACGCAGAGUGGAAUAUCAGAUGCUGUGGAUCACAUUACAUCUCCCUCUAGGAACUUUGCUCACAUUGUUCAGUUACGGGAGUAG